UGGAAGGAUACAUGGGCAGAACAUGCAGAAUGUUGAAAAAUGUAUAUCAGACAUAACAUUCACGUAAUACAGGAGCAUGUGUUAAUUGAUCGGUUGCGUUCAAGGUCCGCGCGUCAUCACAUGCUGCGGCUCUCUGGACAGCUGCCAGUUUUUCUGCUGCACAAAGCAAACAGGCACUUUGAACUGACCGGGUCUCCUCAUGCAGACUCCAGAGUGGCCUUUAUAAGAGGCGAUCCCCUCAACCCGAGAGACGGUCCCUUCCUCGACUUUCCCCCAAAAUCAGGACAGGAUCUGCCGAUCGAAGAUGCCGGUCCUACUCAGAGCGGCCCUGCUGGUCCUGAUGCUCAGCGGCGGGGCGUCCGCGGCAGAGGAGUGCGACCUGCCGCCCAGAGUGCAGCCACAAGACACCGAGAAGGUGUUUGGGGUGCGGUGGGUCCUGGUGGAGGCCUUCUCGGACUACCCGGCGGGUGAGGAGCUACUGAGGAACGCCAGCAGCUCCACGGUGGAGAUGAAGCACACCCAUAGCAACAGGACCUCCCUGUUUGUCGAGAGAAACAUUGUGGGUGGGAAAUGCCUCAUCUUCAGGGUCAACAUGACUAUGUCGGACCCUGAGACGUCUAACCACACCAUGCAUCUAGCCCACGCAGGAGAACAGGAGUUUGACGGCGUAGUGUCUCCGUACGAUGACCAGGGCCGAGCAGACGUCCACCAGUCCUGUCCUGACUGUCUGACCAUCAUCUACCACGGAGUCUUUGCCGGAACCCCAGGGAGGAUGCUGCUCAUCUACAGAAAGGAAGGAAAACACCUGGAUGCUGACGAGCUGAAAGCUGCCCAGGGCGAACACAGGAAGAUAGCAGAGUGCCUGAAGUUCAAACUUGAGUCAAACUUCCGCUAUGACGGGAAAGCAGAUUUUUGCCUGGAUAAGAAGGAAUAGCAGAAGGAAGUGGAACUCAACAAGAUGGGCUCAUGACACUAAAUGUCUUGUUUUGUUUCAUAUUAGUAUAAAGAUAUAAAAAACAUCAUCGUUUGCCUGUAUUUAUUUCAAACAUCAUGUAGCUGGAAAUAUAGAGAUAUUGGUAAAGAUGAACUGCAGCCAUUUCCAUGAUUUGGCUCCACUCAACAGUUUUUAUUAUAGGUUUUUCUUACAGCAGCCAAAAUGAAUCUCAGUGGGUUAGGGUUAGUAGUAAUGUGUACAACAGUAGAUUAUGAUUCAGUAUUUUAUGAGAGGGAAAAUAUGUCUUUUAUCUUGUAAGUUUGAAUAGAUUUUAGGCAAUAACUCUUAAUAUGCUUUUUUAUUAUGUUAUUUGUUGGUUUCUCACCAUUUAACCCGAUUACAAAAAGAUAUUUCUAAAUUAAAGGAUAUCAUAAAAGGAUGACAAUCAUCCUUAAAGCAAAACCAUUAAGUCCUAAAUAUACUGGAAGAUGCUGGUGAUGAAUAGAAAUAUGUUUUUCUGUGUCAAAUGAAGAUAUUAGAAAGUCAGAGUUGGCUCCAAAUUCAUAGAAUUCUUGUGCUCAAAAGGGAUUAAACGUGAAUAAUAGCACAUAGAUCUAUUUAUCUCCAAAAAGUUCAGCAUAGAAAAAUUGAAUAGUAACAAUGGACAUAUUGACAUCUUCCUAUGUGAAAAUGUUAAUACAUUAUACAAUAAAAAGUCUGUUCCUGUCUGUUACAAUAAAAAGGCAUAGAGAUGGA